UGGUGUUGUUAAGGAGGAAAGGGUACGGUGUCGGAGAGAAGGAGUGUUAGUGUUGGGAAAAGAAAGAAAGUGUGAAGAUGGCGUCGAGCGGAGCGGUGCCGUUUUGGAGAGCAGCGGGUAUGACCUACAUCACAUACUCUAACAUAUGCGCCAAUCUCGUCAGAAAUUGCCUCAAGGAACCCUACAAGGCCGAAGCCCUCUCUCGUGAGAAGGUCCAUUUCUCUUUCUCCAAAUGGGUCGAGGGCAAGCCUGAAAAACCAACUGUUCGUUCUGACACCCCAGGGCAGUGAUUCGGAAUGCUGGAAGCAAUAAAUGCAUAAAUCAUUGAGAUCUGGAAGUUGAUUGUCAUUUUGAACCUUUUGUGGUCUUUUAUGUUUAAUUUCUUUGUUUUUUUUCGUUCCAUGAAAAAAAACAUUACUGGAUUUUGAUUCAGAUGGUUAUUCUUGUAAUAAUGAAGUUUAAACAAAUGAUUUUGAACUUAAUGACAAGUGGUUUUGCACUUCAA